AUGGCUUCUCACUUUCAAAUUCAGAAGCCAUAUGUGCUAGCUACGUUGCCUCGGCCCUUCGAUCCAACAACAGGCCGCUAUGUUGUUAGUGAGGUUUAUGGAUGCGCACCCGGUUCAAAGAAGAGGAAGCGCCAUGAGCUUGCAGUAGGAAUUGAUGGAGAAGCUAUCAAUAUUUAUAAUGUUUCAUCUGCCAGACUUGUCACUUCGUAUCCGGUCCCUCCCCAGUCCCUCUUCUCGUGUCCUAUAGCUUCCAUUCGGCGCAAAAUAGAAGAAACACAAGAGACUUCAAGAUAUACGUUCGCAGCUACUAAAGAGUCGCAUCAACACAAGAUAAUCCAAUUCAAGGACCACGUGGAUUUAUCUGAUAAUACGCACUCCACUACUAGAUCGACAUCGCUUGAUCCAGGCCAACCAGUUAUAUGUGUUGCUCCUAUUUUCGCGCCGGCUGCGCAAGGGCUAGCUGGCCAUCAAACAUCAGAUGAUGGGCUUCUUGUUGUGCGCACAGACGGGAAAGUGACUUAUCUUGACGCCGAGACAUUACAGAAGAAAUGGGACUCGUCGCCCGCAUCGUUGUAUCAAGAGCUUCCGGGAGCUUCGAAAGCAGAUUUCAGAAUUGACUUUUGCUUUCCCGCGCCGCUAUCAGAUCUUAUUCACGGUAUAUUCAAGGGCGAUGGUGGCGCCUUGAGCGUCUUCCCUGACAUCAAGCAAAACGUAAGCGCAGAUGCCGAAGUCUUGGUUCUCAUCUCGAGUUAUGGCUCAAGCAGACAACAAAGUCGUCAUCUUCAUAUCGUAGCCGUUCUACCACCGUCCCAAAGCUCGACCGGUGUCCAGCGCCAGGGUAUUGUCCAGCUUCAUGCUAUUCCGAUACCAUCUUUCGUAAAAGAGGAAGCCAGUGCAGCCUCGUACCGUCUCGAUCUUCGAUCUGGAAGCCUACUUGAGUUGCGCGGCUCUACGUUCAGCAUGUAUGACCUAACGACCAGCCUUCCGAAAGUCACAUCUACAAUGGAACUCAUAGGGACAACAUCUUUCCUACGCCUCAGUAAAACCUCGCUGCUUUGCACUACGCCUACUCAUCUUAGUAUCUAUAAUCCGGUCUAUCGGUCUCUCCAAAAUUCUGUUCCUGUCGAUCUUGACACCGGUACAGACCUGGCGACCUGUUUUCUUGCUGCUUACUUCUCCCGUUUGGAACUCGCAGUUGCUAUUGUCGAUACCAAUUUAGUCGCCAUCCAACUAGAAGCCCCAAUCCUGCGAACCAGAAAACGCCGUGCCGAGGGUCUUUUGAUUGAUUCGAUCGGACGCGGCGUACAGCUCACUAAACGGCCUUCAGUUCGCGAUACCUACGGAGAAACAGAAACGUCUGUAUUCUCCAACUAUUUGCCGGGUUCUAUCAGAGGUGAGUAUUGGGAAUCAUGGAAGAUAGACGAGGCCAAAGCCGACGCUCUUCUUCACGCAAAUGACAUCCGUGGCCUCGAAAAGCUAUUAGCUCAAAAGUUUGGCAUCCAAGUCCAGAGUGAAACCCGCGCACCGAGUAGCAUGAACGAGGAGGAGCCAACUUCGUCCAAAACUAAUACGACCUCUUGGACAUGGCCGAAAACGAGGGCGGGGUACCCUCCUGCAGAUAGGAGAUGGAUUUUAUAUGCUAUCAGUCGAGCUUUUCAGUGGAACGACGCCUUUCCGGAUGACCCAACAAUCCCUCGGCUUAUUUGUCAGUUGCCGCAGAGCGAUAUUGUCAACUAUCUCGUAGACGCUGGUCAUCUGACCCUAUCUAAUGUGAAAUCUGCGCUCCGCAGGCAACUUAGAGAUGAUGAAAAGGCGGAUUCAUUCCUAGCCGAGCAAAUCGUCCUUCGGCUUGCUGAUGUCGACCCUUCUUUAGAUCUCCUCGUCGCUUAUAUAUCGGCUACUAACCUUGGUGCGGUGGAAUUGCUCCUUGCUGUACGAACAAUUAUGAGGAGUCUGGAGCUGGUCCAAGAUCCGAAGAAACCGCCCCCGAAAUUACUCACUAAUGGUUCAACCGACGAAGCGGAAGUGAACGGAGAAGACGAGGCCGAGGCAGACUGUCAAAAUAUUGGUAUGGAACUGGACGAUCUUGAGGAUGAGAUUCAGAAGACAGUGACGUAUCUUAAUGAAGAUGCGGGCGUUCGCGGCAACGGAUUAAGCGCAGCCUUUGCGAAGCUUGGUAAUUGCCCAGGCAUUUCUAUGAUCAAAUCUUUACGAGCCACAUUCAAACCGGAAGAGAUUUUGUCUCUCAUCUACCUCCUUCGGGUCGAAUUAGUUAGGGGUGCGUGGACGUCUCGCUACCUUGAUACGACCGAAUUUGAAAGAGAUUCGACCCUUGACGCACCACCUGACGGUAUUGUUAAGCUCCUUGCAGAUCUUCUUGGACGCUGCGUGGACUCUAUAGGUCCCGGCGGUUGGCUUUUAAACGAUGCAGUACUUGCAGGUGAUGAGACAGGAGAUUUCAUCGCUUCGCUUAAGCUUGAAGUUAGCGCGGCCUUGGAAGGGUUAGAAGAUGUAGUCUACCUCCGUGGCAUUGUUGGUGAGGCGGUGAAGUAUUGCGAAGCGUCAAAGAAGCCCGAGGUGGGGGAUGCGGUGGACAAGACGAAGCCCAUCCUUUUGCACAUAAAAGACCCUACUACUCAGGCGUUGCCUCUGGGCCUCAAAACAAAGGAUCGAAUUUCAAGUCAAAAGGUUGUGUCAGGCGGUGAGAUCAUAGAGAGAUCUCAGAGAGAAGCUGGUCACCUUAGGAGCCAGCAGGUCGGUCACUAUUCGCUAGAGAGGAUCGCUAUAUGA